CCCCGUCCAAGCCCAUUGAACCGGCCGUGCUCCAGCUCCAACACCACUACGACAAGAGAAUCCAAGUCCUCACACACACCAUCAAAAUGCGCCCUACCAACAUCUUCCGGGCCAUGCAGCCCAUCCGCUCCUCCCUGAUCCGUUUUACCACUCCCUCCGCAAUCACCCCCUCUCUAUACCAGCGCUCUAUCUCAACGACCAUCCCCCGACUCAACGAGCCCAUCCCACAGCAAGAAGACACCCAGUCCUCGACGUCUGUCGACACCACCGUCAUCCCCUCCAUCCGUACCUACCCCUACAAAAUUAAGAGCGGCACCGUCGUCUCCGUCGGCCGCAUGAGCCGCACCGUCCGCGUCAGCCUCCGCCACACCACCUACGACAAGCACAUCCAGAAGUUCUACCCCAAGACAACGACCUACUUGGUGUCGGAUCCCCGGGACUCGCUGCGCGAGGGCGAUGUCAUUGAGUUUUCGAACGGACACCCCAAGACUGGGAAUGUGCGUCACGUCGUGGAGCGCAUCAUUGCGCCUUUUGGAACGCCGAUUGAGGAGAGACCGCCUGUUAUGACUCGCGAGGAGAGGGAUGCGGAGCGUGCGGCUAAGAGGACUGCCAAGUGGCAGAGACGCCAGGCUAAGAGGUUGGAGAAUGGUGGGGAGGAAGCCGAGCGCGAGCGUGAGCAUGUGGGACGGAUUCAGAGAUUGAUCUCUGAGAGGAUGGCUAGGAAUGCGGAGGCUAAGUAGUUUGGCUAUAUGCUAGUCUUCUUGAUUGAGGAUGGUGUGACUGAAUUGGUGUUAGAUGAUUGACCUGGGGAGUCUUUUUUUAUCUCUCUUUGUCUGCUCGUUUAUGUAUGUAAACUUGUGUG